CUUUCUCUUUAACUUUGUUUUUGUUCUUUUUUCUUUUGGAUCUCUAAUUUUAAUAUUAUUUUUACGUAUAACUUUAACCUGUGAUUUUGUUAUAUAAAACGAUCAAUCAAUUUGUAAAUAACAUUAACAACUACAAAAUUUUAAGAGAAAUGAUUGAAAUUACUUUACAAAUUGUUUUAAGAAGAUCCAUAGAGGAGCUCUUUUGCACAGCUGAACUGUUUUCGAAAUUUGGAAAAGCGAACUCAAACAAAAAUACUAACACAUUUAAUCAGUUAUUGAACUAAAAUAUAUUGUAAAACCUUGAUUUACGUAUGUCUUGCAAAAAAAGGCAAAACAGAGCAUAUGCUUGAUCUUCUUCUCAUUCAUUGCUUUUAACAUCAAAGAAAGUAGCUUUAUCUGUGCGACUUGAUGACCCCAUCCAUGACUCACCCCAUUACCACGAGAGCAGUGCGAACACUUAUAGCUAACAUAGAAGCAGUUAGAAUAAAAUGCCCAACAUUUUAAAUUACAAUAACAAAAUACUAUUGUUACAUAGCAAUUUUUUUUUAUAAAAAACAUCAAAAAAAAAUUAUUCAUUAUAAAGUUCUAAAUAUAAAUUUUGCUUUUUUCAAAUUAAUAAUAAAAGUUUCUAAUGUUUUGAAUCAUUUUUCAAUGCACAAAUUAACCAAUAUUACUUAACCUUUUCUGAAUCUUAAUUUUUCUAAGAUUAACUAUUUUGUUGUCUAUUUUUAUUUGGUUAUUUUACUAUUUAAACUACCAUAAUAUCAUUAGGUAGCUACCCAUUAGACCAUUAUAACGAUAACAAUCAACAUCUAUGAUUCUCUUCAUCUAGUCUAUAUUAAGGUUACCCAAAUUACUGACCAUAUAUAUACAUUCUAUUAUGUAGGAUUAAAGAAAUAUAAUUAAUAAAAGAUGAUUUAAUCAAAAUAAUAACUAAUGAAAGAUGAAAAAUGCCCUGGUGUCAUAUUAAAAACUAAGAAAAGAUGGUCUAUUAGUUUUUUUAAAAACUGCUGCCCUAAGCGAAAGCUUCAUUUUUUACAAUGGAAGCACGGCCGUGAUUACCACAAAGCUCCUCAAGUCACAACGAUAUGUUGUUUUAACUGCCACCUCUUUGUCUUUCCCUUUAAAUAACCUUCACACCACACAGGUUUCAUCAUCACCAUCUCUCACAAUCUAUCUCAAGAUUAUUAUUCAAGAUCACUACUCAAAACUCAAUCCUCCAAGAUGACAAUGAGCAGAGUCCACCAACAAGUUAGUGCAUUCCCUGCAGUCAACACUACUCUGGCAGGUUACUUGCCUGAUCCAGCAUCCAUCAACAAGCUCCAAAUCCCAUCUCCUUCCAAGAAGUCUGAACAAAGCAAGAAAGAAUCGAUUCUUCGAACCAACAGCUUCACAAACGGAGCUAGAGAUCAAAGCAAGCUAGGACCAAAGCUAACUGAAACAGUCAAGAGAAAGCUAUCUCUAGGAGCUAAGAUCAUUCAAAUGGGAGGCUUAGAGAAGAUCUACAAGCGGCUCUUUAGAGUCUACGAUGAAGAGAAACUCUUCAAGGCCUACCAAUGCUACCUAUCAACAACCGCAGUUCCCAUCGCAGGCUUACUCUUCAUCUCAUCAAAGAAGAUUGCUUUCUGCAGUGAGAGAUCAAUCAAAGUGGCUUCUCCUCAGGGAGAUCUCACAAGGGUUCACUACAAAGUGUCAAUCCCUUUGUGCAAAAUCAAGAGAGUGAACCAGAGUAUGAACAUAAAGAAACCAUCUCAGAAGUACCUUGAAGUAGUCACGGUCGAUGGCUUUGACUUCUGGUUCAUGGGGUUCAUGAGCUACCAGAAAGCUUUCAACUGUCUCGAACAAGCACUAAACAAUAAUUAG